AUGAGUGUCUCUGUACUGAGCCUCAUCAGACCCCUGGGCAGUGUCUCUGGGCUCCUGCAAGUGGGCUCCCUGCUUGGUCUGGCUCUGCUGUUGCUCAAGGCAGCACAGCUCUACCUGCGCAGGCAGUGGCUGCUCAAGGCUGUCCAGCACUUCCCGUCUCCUCCUUCCCACUGGCUCUUCGGACACAUCCAGGAGUUUCAAGAGGGCCAUGAGCUACAAAAUCUUAAGAAAAGGGCAGAGAAAUACCCAUGUGCCAGUCCUCGCUGGCUAUCAGGGAGCAAAGUCACUCUCACAGUCUAUGAUCCGGACUAUAUGAAGAUGAUUCUGGGGCGAUCAGACCCAAAGUCUCAUGAACUCUACAGAUUCAUGGCUCCCUGCUUAGGGUACGGUUUGCUCCUGUUGAAUGGGCAGACGUGGUUGCAGCACCGGCGCAUGCUGACCCCAGCCUUCCACUAUGACAUCCUGAAGCCCUAUGUGGGACUCAUGGCUGACUCUGUCCACGUGAUGCUGGACAAAUGGGAGGGGCUCAUCAGACACAACUCAUAUCUGGAGAUCUUUGAGGGUGUCUCCUUGAUGACUCUGGACACCAUUAUGAAGUGUGCCUUCAGCUACCAGGGCAGCCACCACGCAGACAGGAUCUCCCAGUCCUACAUCCAGGCCAUUCAAGACCUGAACAUCCUAAUCUUUUCCCGAGUGAGGAAUGUUUUCCACGAAUAUGACAUCAUUUACAGACUGACUUCAGAAGGCCGCUGGAACCACCAGGCUUGCCAGCUUGCUCAUCAACACACAGACCGGGUGAUCAAGCUGAGGAAGGCUCAGCUGCAGGAAGAGGGAGAGCUGGAGAAGAUCAGGAGCAAGAGGCACUUGGACUUCCUGGACAUCCUCCUCUUUGCCAAAAUGGAGGGCAGGAGCAGCUUGUCUGACAAGGACCUCCGUGCCGAAGUGGACACGUUCAUGUUUGCUGGCCAUGACACCACAGCCAGCAGCAUAUCCUGGAUCCUCUAUGCCCUGGCCACACACCCCGAGCAUCAGCAGAGGUGCCGAGAGGAGGUCCAGAGUCUCCUGGGGGAUGGUGUCUCCAUCACCUGGGAUCACUUAGACCAGAUGCCCUACACCACCAUGUGCAUCAAAGAGGCACUGCGACUCUAUCCACCAGUUCCCAGCAUUAGCAGAGAGCUUAGCAAACCCAUCACCUUCCCUGAUGGACGUUUCUUACCCAAGGGAUUCCUAGUGUCCCUUUCCAUUUAUGCCCUUCACCACAACCCGAAGGUGUGGCCAAACCCAGAGGUGUUUGACCCUUCACGGUUUGCACCGGGUUCUACUCGACACAGCCAUGCUUUCUUGCCCUUCUCCGGAGGAGCAAGGUAA